AUGUCUACUAAUUCGACUAAUGUUGAGAUAACAAAAAGACAUUCUGGUCCCUAUUUGAGCAAUUUGCCCUUAAAAUUAGUAACACCUCUUGUCGAAAAUCUACCCGGCUUAUCUUCACUUCUUUUCUGGAAUUCAGGUGUUGGAGCUUUAAGGAAAAAAAGUUUCAAAGAAGACCUUACCAACACGCCAAUACCUUUGCCAAAGGAAUUAUUUGGAAUAGAAGAACCUAAGGAUGAAACUAGUCAUUCGGGUUUUUUGUCCUCCUUCGAUUUCCGAAAAGCUUAUCUUUCUAAGAAGUUGACACCUUUACAAGUAUGUGAAACUUUAAUUGGUAAAAUUGAUUCUAGCUUUAAGUGCGAUCCACCGCUUAAUGGCUUUUGCAAAUACAAACGAAAUGAUAUCAUCGCGCAAGCCACCGAAUCAACUGCUAGAUAUGAACAAAAUAAGUCAUUAGGACCUUUAGAUGGUGUUCCUAUAGCGAUUAAGGAUCAAGUUAAUAUUCAAGGUUACGAAACUCGAUCAGGAACAAAAUUUCUAAAUGUUAAUAAACCUGCUGAGAAGGACGCAAUUUCUGUACAAAAAUUAAGAGAUCAAGGUGCCAUUAUACUCGGGAAAACAUGCAUGCAUGAAAUUGGAUUUGAUAUUACAAAUAACAAUCCACAUGUUCUUACUCCACGUAAUCCUUAUAAUGUUAAAUAUUAUUGUGGAGGAUCUAGUGGAGGUAGUGCGUGUGUUAUUGCUUCUGGAUUGUGUCCAAUCGCUUUAGGUUGUGAUGGAGGUGGCUCAAUAAGAAUUCCAUCAUCAUUUUGUGGAAUUUAUGGAUUAAAAACUACGCAUGGAAGAGUAUCAGAAGCUGGAGCAUUUACAUGUCCAUCAUCAGUGGGUGUUGUAGGGCCUAUGGCAUCUACUGCUGAUGACCUUGCAUUAACAUAUUAUGUUAUUGCAGGUAAAGAUCCCGAGGACAAAAAAACUCUGCAUCAACCAACUCCUACACUUUAUAGUUUUUAUUCUACCAAUAAUUUGUCAGACUUAAAAAUUGGAGUUUUUUCUGCUUGGAAUAACCAAGUUACCAGUCCAGCCAUUCCCAUCGCAAUCAAAACGUUUAUUGAAAAAUUUAAACUUCGGGGUGCAGAAAUCAUCGAAAUUGAAAUUCCAGAGUUGGAAGAAGCAAGAUUAGGGCAUGUGGUUUCUAUUGGAACUGAACACUAUCUUUACAGAAAGGAUUAUAAAAGUCAUUUAUUUACUUGUCCAAAUCGGAUUAUGCUUUCAGUUACAAAACAUUUUACUGCUUCGGAUUACAUUCAAGCGCAACAAGUCCGUACUCUUGUAAUGCGCAAUAUUUCCGAAAUAUUUUCACGUGUCAAUUUGAUAUUGACGCCCGCAACAGCAAUUACAGCACCAAAAAUUUUUCCCAAAGCAUUAAAAUACGGGGAAAUUAAUACAAUAGUUACAUCAGAUUCUAUGAGAUUUGCACAGUUAGCAAAUUUUACCGGCAUCCCAGCAGUAUCAGUACCAGCAGGAUACGACUCUAAUAAAUUACCAAUUGGAUUACAAUUCAUGGCUAAAUGGUAUGACGAAGAACUUUUGUUAAGAGUUGCUAAAGCUUCGGAAGAAAUUCUUGGAAGCAAUCGGAAAAAACCUGAAGAACUUUGGUUUGGAGAUUUAUUAUAA